GGCAGUUUUCAAUUAGUAAGAGCACGACACAUGACUGCAUCAACCCAUUCUCGUGGAGAUGUUCUCAAGCUCUGGGUCUUGGUCAUCAGCCAAAGUCUGAAUCCAACGGAAGUUGUCACUUCCGCUGGCUGCUGUAGCAUCCGGCGCAAAGUUAUUUGUUUCUCCAUGAACAACAGCGGUCUUAACGGGCUCUAGAAGAGGGUACAACUGAAGCAAUUCGCCGGAGUGGAAUCAGCCAAGGGAGGUUAUCAUUUCAUCGCCAUGUUGCUCACUUCGCUUCUGUUCAAAACGAUUCUUGUUGCCUUCUUGGGCUCUCUGGAUAAUCAUCACACGGAAGCAUGUUCAGUGCCUUACAUCCGUGAAAAGAGUGGAAACAAAGCAAGGGUCAUAAAAGUGAACAGCGAGAGAGAUGUAAAACUGAUGUGCCAGAUCAGAUCCACCGUUCAGAUCCCAGAACCAGGGUAUUACUGGCUCAAAGACAAUCAGACGCUUACUCCAUCAGAUCAUCAAGGAAUGCGUUUAAGACCCUACAGAUACCUAAAGAUAAGACGGGUGAAGAAAGAGGACGCCGGCUUUUACACCUGUGUUGUUGUGAACGACUGCGGCAAAAAUCGUUAUACAAUGCAGCUCUUUGUCGGAGCUAGAAGAUUAAAAGAAAAGAUCACAGCUGCUCCAAAAUUCACGGUGCCGCAAUACAAGAUGAGGCGCAACCUUCUUGCGGCACCCGUUGGCAAUUCCGUAAUGCUGGAUUGUUCUGCCAAUGGAAACCCUCGUCCUACAGUAGAAUGGUACAAAGACGAAAAAUUGUUUAAGGAAAGGAAAGGUGGCAGCAAACUCUAUGUGAGUCAAUGGACAACCUUGUUGAGUCUGACGGACUUGGUUCCGUCUGACACUGGGUCAUACAUGUGUAAUGUGAGCAACUUAUACGGGUGGAUUAAUCAUACCUACAAAGUGGACGUACAUGAACGAGCUCGUGCUGAACCAGUGGUUCUACCGAUGGAAAAUGUCACUGUUAAUAGAGGAGAAAAUGCCAGCUUAACGUGCAAAGCAUUAAGUGAUUCCAUGCCUCAUUUCCAGUGGUUAAGGUGGUUUCCCAUGCUUACCAACGGUUCGGUUAACAGUUCAGUAGACGAUUCUAUCGAAAGUCUACACUACGAAAUCUUGAAUGAAGACGUAACAGACCAACAUGUAAUUGUGCCACCAAGUAACAACAAAAAGUUUGAAUUCCACGGUGUGAAGUUGACUUUGCUGAAUGUCACAAAGAAGGAAGAAGGAAAGUACUCUUGCCUUGUGGGAAAUGCUGUUGGUUACGUAGUCGAACAUGCAUACAUCAUCGUCCAAAACAUCGAUGAAGCAAAACCAACCGAGCUUCAGAAAACUGAAAGCACCACAGAUGGUAAGCGUAACCGUGAAAAACAGAUAUGAUUCAUUUAUUUAACGUCAUAACUAAUUCUUCUACCUUAGAA